AUGGCUUCCUCAAACAGGGGAAUUCAAAUGGGUUCGGCGUGGUUUCAGCGUAAAGUCAAUCUGAGACCACAGCACCGAGGCGUGCAUUUAGUAACGGAAGAAAUACUUAGGCAAAUGCCAGAAAUAUGCCAAUUUUCCGUUGGCUUAUUUCAUGUGCAAAUUCUUCAUACAUCAGCCAGUCUAGCACUUAAUGAAAGUUGGGAUCCCGAUGUUAGAGAUGAUAUGGAGAUGAUGCUUAAUAAAAUUGUUCCUGAGGGGUUGCCUUACAGACAUUCGUGUGAGGGACCUGAUGACAUGCCGGCGCACGUGAAAGCUUGUUUCUUAGGUUCUUCUCUGACAAUUCCCAUAACGGAUGGGAAACUUAAUUUAGGAUCUUGGCAGGGAAUAUGGCUGUGCGAGCACAGAGACCAUGCUGGCUCUAGAAAAGUUGUAGUUACUGUUAAUGGAAAUCUACGUGAUUCUAGUCGAAGUCCUCUAAGUCCAGUAUCCCCAAUGGCAUCGACAAGCAGUUAA